CUCCCUCCGCUUUAUCCUAAUUUAGUCCGAGGACAGGGGACCCGCUCCCGGCGCGUCAAGGAUACAGUUGUUUCUUUUAAGGCGUUCUGCUGCGUCUUUCGGCUUAAAUAUAUUUUUAACAUUUGCGUUUUCGUCAUCCAAGUGGAAGUUGCGUGGCAUGAAGAUUCGGAGGAAGCUCUGAGUCCUCGGAGUAGAAAAGUGUCCGCCGGUGCCAACAGGGCAGACCGCCUGUGCAGCGGGACAUCACAGGGAGCUGGACGCGGACGGCUCGCUCUUUGCUCCUGUAUGUCGCCUCGGAUAUAACAGCACAGCGGCGAGAUGGAUCUGAAGCUGAUCUUCAUUGCAUUUAUAGGACUCUUUUACUGCUGUAACUCUCAGAAAGAGGGGAACGAGUGCAUCAACAAAAAUGCCAAACACUGUGGAGAGUGCAUCCAGACUGGAGCCAAAUGUGGCUGGUGUACAGACCCGGACUUCCUGAAACAGGGCGAGACCGUGUCAAGCCGGUGUGACGAGCUGCAGUCUCUGAUAAAACGGGGCUGCAACAAGACAUUGAUCGAGAACCCGCUGGGGAAACGGAAGAUUCUCAAGAACAAGCCGGUGACCGAUCGGAGCAAAGCCGGAGGGAACUUGAGACCAGAGGACAUCACUCAGGUCCAGCCCCAAAAAGUCAGCCUCACCCUCCGAUCUGGUGAGCCGCAGUCCUUUGAGCUGAAGUUUAAGCGUGCAGAAGAUUACCCCAUCGACCUGUACUACUUGAUGGACCUGUCCUUCUCCAUGAAGGACGAUCUGGAGAACGUAAAGAACCUGGGGACCAGUCUGAUGUAUGAGAUGUCGAAGAUUACUUCUGACUUCAAGAUAGGAUUUGGCUCCUUUGUGGAGAAGACAGUCAUGCCUUACAUCAGCACCACUCCGGCCAAGCUGCUGAAUCCAUGCACAGGCGACCAGAACUGCACCAGCCCGUUCAGCUACAAGAACGUGCUGCCGCUGACUGACAAAGGCUCCACGUUCAACAGACUGGUGGGGGAGCAGCAGAUCUCGGGGAACCUGGACUCCCCCGAGGGUGGCUUCGACGCCAUCAUGCAAGUGGCCGUGUGUGGGGAACAGAUCGGCUGGAGGAACGUAACCCGCCUACUGGUGUUUUCCACUGACGCCGGAUUCCACUUUGCCGGCGAUGGCAAGCUGGGUGGCAUUGUGCUGCCCAACGACGGGAAAUGCCACUUAGAGAACAACGUCUACACCAUGAGCCACUACUAUGACUACCCCUCAAUCGCUCACCUGGUUCAGAAGCUGAGUGACAACAACAUUCAGACUAUUUUUGCCGUCACAGAAGAGUUCCAGCCCGUUUACCAGGAACUGAAAAAUCUGAUACCAAAGUCUGCAGUAGGCACGCUGUCUGCCAACUCCAGCAACGUCAUCAACCUCAUCAUAGAUGCUUACAAUGCUCUUUCUUCUGAAGUGAUUCUGGAGAACACCAAAGUUUCAAACAACGUGACAAUCGAGUACACGUCUCACUGUAAGAACGGAGUAAUCAAUAAGGGCGAAAAUGGAAGGAAGUGCUCCAAUAUCUCCAUCGGAGAUGAGGUCCAUUUUAACAUCAGCAUCACCUCUAAAGGUUGUCCAAACAAAACCAAUCCUGAGAUUAUCAAGAUAAAGCCCCUGGGAUUCACAGAGGAGGUGGAGAUUAUCCUCCACUUCAUCUGCGAGUGCGACUGCCACAGCGAAGCCAUCAACAACAGCCAGGUCUGCAGCAACGGGAACGGGACGUACGAGUGCGGAGCCUGCAGGUGCAAAGAUGGUCGCGUGGGCCGGGAGUGCGAGUGCAGCAGCAACGAAGUGUCCACGGAGGACAUGGACCGGACCUGCCGCAAGGACAACGGCACCGACAUCUGCAGCAACAACGGGGAAUGCGUGUGCGGCACCUGCGAGUGCAAGCCGAGGGAGAACCCGGAGGAGAGGUACAGCGGGCAGUUCUGCGAGUGUGACAACUUCAACUGCGACCGCUCUGGAAACAAGCUCUGUGGAGGACACGGGCGCUGCGAGUGCAGGAAGUGCAUCUGUGACCCCAUGUGGAACGGAACUGCCUGCGACUGUUCCCUGGACGAGAGCACGUGUUUGGCCAGCAACAAGCAGAUCUGCAACGGCAGGGGACGCUGCGAUUGCGGCAUCUGCAAGUGCGACGACCCCAAAUUCCAGGGCCCGACGUGCGAAACGUGUCCCACCUGUCCUUCAGUCUGCGCUGAACACAAAGAGUGCGUGGAGUGCCGUGCGUUUGGCACUGGGGUGAAGAAAGAAACGUGUCAGAAGGAAUGCAGCGACUUCACCAUGCAUAAAGUGCCGACCAAAGACAAGAUCCCCCAGCCCACCGACAAAUCCUACCCCGUCAUGCACUGCAAGGAGCGGGACGCCAACGACUGCUGGUUCUACUACACGUACGCCGUCACCAACAGCACGGAGAAGGUGGUCUACGUGUUGGAUGAGCCGGACUGCCCCACGGGCCCGGACAUCAUCCCGAUCGUCGCGGGCGUGGUCGCCGGCAUCGUCCUGAUCGGCUUGGCGCUGCUGCUCAUCUGGAAGCUGCUGAUGAUCAUCCACGACAGGAGAGAGUUCGCCAAGUUCGAGAAGGAGAAGAUGAACGCCAAGUGGGAUACGGGUGAAAAUCCAAUCUACAAAAGUGCUGUCACAACUGUGGUCAAUCCGAGAUACGAGGGCAAAUGAUGGCCCCCGGGGCCCUUCCUGAACUCUGACACCAACUCUGCAACAGCCGCAGUCAUACACCAGCCGGUCCGACGGGAGCGAGUGGCGGAAAAAUGUGUGCGUUCGUCUUCGUUGCUUCAUCGUAGCAUUGUAUCACUCGGCCACCGCGUCCUGUUUGUUGUUACUAACACGUACAAUUUAUACCCCAUGUGUAGUAUUCUUGAUGUACAGUAUGCGGUCUCUGUACAUACUUCCAAGCGUCGCGUUUCGUUUUCUGCUGACGGACCGGUCCGAUUCGGAGCCUCCGGAUUUAGAAAGACUUCUCCAGCUCGUGCUUCUUAGCAGUCAAGCCUCCUGUUUUAACGCGUCACUGUUGCUGCACUUCACGUGUCACGUGCGUCUGUGUAUAUUUAGAGAACGACUGCAAUAAGGUAUUCUGAACAAUCUCCAGCAGAAUUCAGUACAAAUCGGACAGAAGGAGCGAAUAAAGUGGUUGUAAAUGUAGUUUUGAAUUUGCGAAUGAUUUUAGUUCUUUGUUGUUGGGGUUUUUUUUUUUUUUUUUUUUGCACUCCUGCAGAUUGCUGACCUAAUAUGAAAGUCAAAACACAAGACAGAUAUGGAGUAUUUCUACUUGUAGUGUUGAGAUGGCUUGCUAUCACAAAGAGAUUGUACACCACUUGUUAAAAACAACGAAGUAACAGCAAUGCUGAAUCAAAAAAAAUUCUGCAGACAUAUUAUGAUGAGAUACAGCUCUGAUGUAAUCAAGUUUUGAUUUCUGCAUUUUUUAUUUUUUUUUUAAUCCUCAGGUCCCACGUGUUUUCUUAUCAAUUUGUUUCUGUGCCAGUUUUGUUAUUAUUCACACUGAAGGAUUGAAGAUGUCGCAUGAGUCACAUCAACAGUGUGCUCACACCCAAAUGCCUCUAAACUACAACACAGGGCCUUUCAAAAAUAUUGCUUUUAAAGUGCCUUUUUUAUUAUUAUUACCAUGUUUUCCCCAGUGCUGUUCACAAGAUAUUUAUUAAAUACCAAAAAAAAAAAUAUUA